AUGCUAAAAGUGCUAUUCCCUACAAUUAUACUUCUUCCACUCACCUGACUUUGCCCCCAGAAAAAGCUAUGAUCACUUACCCUCCUUUAUAGCCUAAUAAUUUCUUUCCUUAGCCUACUAUGAUUAAAAAUACCCCUACAAACUAACUGAACCCACCUUAAUCUCUAUAUAGCAACAGACCACCUCUCAACACCCCUUUUAGUUCUUACUUGCUGACUCCUCCCCCUAAUGAUUAUUGCAAGCCAAAACCAUAUAAGCCAGGAGCCUAUUAACCGACAACGAACCUUUAUUCUUCUGCUAACCUCACUUCAAAUUUUCUUAAUUCUUGCCUUUAGCGCCACUGAAAUAAUCAUGUUUUAUGUAAUAUUUGAAGCCACCCUAAUUCCGACCUUAUUUAUUAUUACACGCUGAGGAAACCAAACAGAACGCCUUAAUGCAGGAACAUACUUUUUAUUUUAUACACUAGCAGGUUCCCUCCCAUUACUAGUUGCUCUUCUCCUCUUACAAAACUCAGUAGGUACCCUAUCCCUUCUUACCUUACAAUUCACUAAUCCUCUCCCUCUUUCCUCCUAUGCAGAUAAAAUCUGGUGAACCGGAUGCCUUCUAGCAUUUCUCGUAAAAAUACCACUCUAUGGGACCCACCUUUGACUUCCCAAAGCUCACGUAGAAGCUCCUAUUGCAGGGUCAAUAAUCCUUGCCGCAGUACUUCUUAAACUAGGAGGUUAUGGAAUAAUGCGAAUUAUACUAAUGCUUGAACCCUUAACUAAAGAGCUUAGCUAUCCAUUUAUUAUUUUAGCCCUAUGAGGGGUAAUUAUAACUAGCUCAAUUUGUCUCCGACAAACAGACUUAAAAUCCCUCAUUGCCUACUCAUCCGUAAGCCAUAUGGGACUAGUAGCCGCAGCAAUCCUUAUUCAAACACCAUGAAGCUUCACAGGAGCCCUGAUCCUUAUAAUUGCCCACGGACUAACAUCAUCCGCCCUAUUUUGCCUAGCCAAUACUAAUUAUGAGCGUACCCAUAGCCGAACAAUGGUUCUUGCACGAGGCCUACAGAUAGUCCUUCCAAUUAUAACCACCUGAUGAUUCCUAGCUAGCCUUGCCAACCUCGCCUUACCCCCACUGCCCAACCUUAUAGGAGAAAUUAUAAUUGUUACCUCACUAUUCAAUUGAUCCCCCUGAACCCUACUAUUAACAGGUCUUGGAAUAUUAAUUACAGCAGGCUAUUCUCUUUAUAUAUUCCUAAUAACUCAACGAGGACCCAUCCCCAACCACAUUAUUUCCCUUAAUCCAACCCACACUCGAGAACACUUACUAAUUACUCUUCACCUAAUUCCCUUACUUCUUCUUAUUCUCAAACCAGAAUUAAUUUGAGGUUGAACUGCCU